AUGACCUCUGCCCCCUCUUCCUUCGACGACCCCGCUGCGCUUGUCGCUCUGCUCAAGCAGUGGCACGCUCCUGAUGAGCUGCUGGAAGCGCUGACACUUAAAGGUUUCAAGUCCCUGGCCAGCAUCGCGUAUGCCAUCCCGCAGGAUGGGUCCCCCGAUGACUUUGUCCGGAAACUCUGGCCGCCGGCGGCUGGAUCUUCCGAAGCCAUUGUCUCUCCUGCUGCUGCUUUUGCACGUCGCCUGGUCGUACAAACCCAAGCGGUUGCUCACCCUCCUGCACCCCCGGCACCCAUCCCUGGAACCAGCCUUCCUUCGGCUCCUGCGGCCAAAAUCUCUGCCGCCGCAGCUGAGACCAUGCGAGAAAAGUUCAUCACCGAUUACCCGGGGGAACUCUUGUCCCCGGCUAAUACUCCCAGCGUCGAAUUUCUGAACCGUCUCCGGUCCGAACUUGAUGCCCCAACGUCGCUCUGGAUUCCGUGGCGCUUGAGGACAUCUGAGUCGGAUCUGCAGCAUUUCUACGAAUCCCGCCGGCCCCGUUCGGAUGCACAGUUGUUGCGGGGCUUGCUUGAGGGUGUCCCGGACCCUGUGGUGGCCCAAUCCUCCGCUCCCACCUCCGGCCCGGUCGAACCUACGUUACGCCGCCAUCUGGGAUUGUUGGUUACAGCUUUUGCCUUCCUGGGUGACCUUCACCUCCGUGCCGGGAAAAUGCUUCUUGAAGCAUUUGUGGCCGCUGCCGUGGAGCAGCCUAUCGACACUACCCUCCGCCCUCCCUCUAUGCAGGAGGUCAUUGCUGCCGAACGCACCGUGUGGUCGAACGUUGCCACCCUGAUGCGCGAUGAGAAGUGGAGCCUCCCGGACUCGGUCACCGAGAUUACUGUCACGCGGCAUAUGCUCCCGAACAUUCUCGUGGCCCGGCCGCGCAGCAUCCCGGCCACCGGGAAGAAGCCCAUUUCCGAACUAUGGGACGAUUCUUGGCACUCCGUGGAUGAGUCCGGAAAAGAGAUAUGGGGCCCGCCGGCGGUGCGCACACCCGCACACCCUUCUGGUAUUCCCCGGCCUUCCCCACGCCAACAAGCCGAGCUGGAUGCCUCAGACCGGUUGCACACAUUCACCCGGGAGUUGCUCACGCUCGUCAUGUUGGCUGGAGGUAUUGCCAUCUUAGAGAACCCGGCCUCCAGCUUACUCUGGCUUGUCCCGGGCUGCCGAUCCUGGAUCCGCCACCACUGCAUGCAUUCGGUUGAAGUUGCCGCUUGCAGCCACGCCUUGGACUACCGCAAAAGCUGGCUUUUUGUGUCCAACCUUUCGGAUUUGAGCUCUCUCGCGUCUGUGUGCCAACAUCCUCCCGGCUCUCAUGUGACUACUUCCGGACGCCGGACCGCCUCCGGUGCUUUCCUCACACGGGAUACCGCCUGUUAUCCCUCGUCACUGUGCUCUGCGCUUGCUGACCUUUUCAAGCCGUUGCUCUCGUCACACACCGGCGAGAUUCCUUUUCGUUCCUGGCAUUCGCUUCUUCCUGCCACACUUUUCUGGCCCAUUCCGGCGAAUCGUGUGGAAGAUGGUGCCGGCACUUGUUCAUCUGCCUCUUGGUCUGUUCCCAGCGGUGCUGAUUGCUUCGGCUCCCUCCGGAAAGCCUGGUGUGCCCGCAUUCUUUCAGGGGACUUCCUGUCCCAGUUCCAGGCCAAGUUGUCCUCCGGAUCCAAGGCCCCUCCGCUGUCGGACCCAGAAUUGGCCCCGUUCCUGGAGGACCUUCGAUCCUUCCUUCGGCUGUCCGCCUCGGACUUUGACAUGCUUUUGUCCAUCCCGCCGGGACAACCUUUCCGCCUCUUUCUGUUGGAAGCGCUGUUGUCUGUCUUCAAGGAUCCCGACACCUCCUUUGUGGACUUGCUCACUGAGGGUGUCCCCCUGGGCGUUGAUUCCGAGAUGCCUUCCUGUCCGACCCUAUUUCCCCCGGCCGGACAGUCCGCUCCCAGUAUGGACUUGACACAUUGUUCCUCCUCUUGGGGCUCCGCUUUGUCGGAUCAAGCAUCCGUGGAUAGCCUUCUCUCCGAAGAGAUUUCAGAAGGGUGGGUGCGCGAAGUUCCCGGUGGACUGGACGAGCUUACAGCCCGUUACCAGCAGACUGCUGUUGGGAAGCUGGGCUUGGUCAAAUCCCCCGGCCGGCCGGAUCGACUGGUCGUCGAUAGCAGUGUUUCCGGUGUGACCGAACACACCUCACUUCCCAACAAGUCCGCAAAUCCGUCCAUCUCCGGUCUUCGCCAGUGCCUUCCGCCGGAGCACGCCAUAGAAUGGCUCAUCGCGUUGAUUUUGGACGUCAGCAAAGCCCACCGCCGGAUCAAAAUCCGUGACUCCGACCGUGGCCUUUUGUGCUUCUUUCACCGGAACCGGCUGUACCAAUGCUUAACGCUUAACUUUGGCGCACGCGCCUCUGGCUUCUACUGGUCCCGGAUGGCCGGCUUGCUGACCCGUCCACUUCACCGCCUGGUCUUUGUCAAGCAUUGCCUGCUGAUAUAUGUUGACGAUUUGAUUGCUCUGCUAUCCGGCCCGUCCGGCCCGGUGUGGGCAGCAUUGAUGUGCAUCAUGUUGCUCAUUCUCCGUGUUCCGAUGAGCUGGCACAAGGCCUACUUGGGACCCCGGCCGACGUGGAUUGGCUGGUCUAUCUGCCUCCACUCCCUUUCUGCCACCAUGGAAGCUCCUAAGCUUGACCGGCUACGGGACCUCCUGGCCAAAAUCCGGGGGUCAGAUUCUGUCCCGCUGCAUCUCCUCCGCAAGCUCACCGGCAAGCUACUGUGGGUCUGCUCCCUGUUUCGGCCUUUUCGCCCCAGUUUGGCUCCCCUGUACUCCGACCAGGGCAAGCCCCCUGUCGUCCAUGUUGCUCUGAGUCCGGAGAAAUGGGCUUCCUUCCGCUCCAAGCUUGACUCACACCUUGUUCUGCAGUCUGACGUGG